AUGCUUCCGCCGAGCGGACAAGGCGGCGGAUCUGUAUCAAGUCAAUCUAUCCAAGUUACCAACGCCGUCCCGUUAUCCCCUGCCAGUAGAAGAAUUCCCACGGGUGCCAAGAUGGAAUCUGAUCAGGUGAGCGCGGCGCCUUCAGCGCCCACUACUCCUUCAUAUGCUAGCAGCGUAUCGCCUCCCGAGGCGGGUCAAAGUAAUACUUUACGGGCACUUCCCCUCCCCGUGGACGAGUCUCUUGAAGCACGGAUCGAGCGCCUAGGAAGGCAGAGGCCCGAGGCAUUCGACUCUAUAUGGGCCGAAAUUGGAUUUAUCUUCUCGAUUUCCAUGUCCCAAAUCCUAGCUGAGUACUUUGUGUCUGGAUUCACGGUCGUCAUUCCUACAUUGACCGCAGAUUUACAUAUUUCUGCGGCGUCGUCAAUAUGGCCGGCAGGCGCCUUCUCAUUAACCGUGGCAUCGUCCCUUUUGAUUUUUGGAAGGUUGGCCGACAUGUACGGAGGAUAUCCAGUCUAUGUUGCCGGCCAAGCUUGGCUUACAGCAUGGAGUUUAGUCGCUGGCUUCUCCCGUAAUGAGUUGAUGCUCAACUUCUGUCGUGCUCUUCAGGGAUUAGGACCAGCUGCAUUUUUACCAUCUAGUAUCAUGAUCCUCGGUAGCACAUACCGACCUGGCCCAAGGAAGAACCUCGUAUUCAGCAUUUAUGGAGCCUGUGCCCCGUUCGGCUUCUAUGUCGGGAUCUUUUUCGCUGGACUCACUGCCGAGUACACAACCUGGGGUUGGUAUUUCUGGAUCGGAGCAAUCUUGGCUGCCAUUACUGCCCUGACAUCAUAUCUUACUAUCCCGAGAGACAUGCAGGAGAAACGCAAGAGCGCUCACAGACCGAAGAUGGACUGGGUGGGCGCAAUACUCAUGUUUUCUGGGCUGAUAUUGUUUACAUUCGCCAUCGUCGAUUCAUCCCACGCGCCUCAGGGAUGGAAAACUUCCUUCUAUGCCGGCGCUCAUCGUAGUUCUUUUUUUCACGGCUCCCUGGGGAUAUUCAUGCUCUACGCUACCUUCUACAUGGAAGGUAUUAUGGGGAUCUCACCAUUACGUCUUGUUGCGUGGUACACUCCCAUGGCACUUGGUGGUUGCAUUAUAUCUACAUUCGGCGGCUUCAUCUCGCAUCUGGUUCCGGGAACCGUCCUUAUUACUAUUGCUGGCACAUCAUGGAUCAUCGCGCCGUUGCUCUUCGCCAUUGCACCGCAAAAUGCAACAUAUUGGGAAUACAUUUUCCCCUCUAUGAUAUGCGCAACCAUGGGAAUCGACAUUACAUUCAACAUCACCAACGUCUUCAUCACCACAUCCCUCCCACAGCAGCAGCAGGGUCUUGCGGGGGGGCUAAUCAUGCUGUUGUUUCACCUUGGAAUUGCGGUCUGCCUUGGGUUCGCAGAUAUCGUGAACACAUAUACGAUAGCUAGACUUGGAUCUCGGAAAAGCUACCAAGCAGUGUUCUGGCUCGAGGUGGCUUGUGCGGCGGUUGCACUUAUCAUCUUGAUAUUCUUUGUAAAGAUCACAAAGGCAAAGAGCGAUUUAACCAUUGAAGAAAGAGAAGAAUUGGAGGCAUUGGAGGCAUUGGAGGCCAGAGAACCAAAGAGCGGGAAUAAUAUAAAUCCAGGCGAGGGCAUCAAGGAGGGGAACACCGCCUAUUUAACGUAG